UCUCUCGUCGACGACGUGUAAACGUUACUUCAAACUCUAUCGGAGGAAUCAUGCAGCGAUAGCGAUGCGUCAUACUGUAAUUUUUUCAAAUAAGUAAUGUUAACCUACGUAGAAAUAAAAUAUUUUGCUUUUACUAGUUAUCACGAACUCUGAUUUAAAUAAUCAAACUUGCGUUUAUAUUUAGAAAAUUAAACUUCCACCUCAUGCGUUCUGUUUUUCGCUUCUUUCAGUUUAAAUGAUAAACAGGACCGCUGUUUUUUAUUUAUUUAACAGAUAUAGAUAUUUCCCAUAUCCUGUUAUUAAAAAGCACUGUGGUAUUUCUUGAAAAACGUCGUUUCGUGACAUUCCGUCUUCCUUUGUUUUGUCAAUGAGUUGUAAAUAAUUUUUGUUCUAAAUUACUGUAAAGCACUAAUGGUAUCUCUUGAAAUAAUUGUAAAAUUCGUCGCCAACGAAGAGUCCUUUUGUGGUGUAUCCAUUUUUGAGUAACGAUGUUUCGGCAUAUUUUUAAAGGAAUUUAUGGCACUGGGAACAGCGGUUUCAGGUAUUUCGUGAGAAAAGGAAGUGACUCGAGCAAAGAUAAAUUUUUUGAAAGGGACGUCGCGUACGAGAGCGAAUACUAUUAUAAGCAGGACAGAGAAUUGUUGGAGAUUUUGAAGCAAAAAACUCAAGACGAGGUAAAAAGUAUGCAGAAUGAAGUUCGCACGAUGCGUGAUAAGAUUGAGGAAUAUACUCGUGAUAUAAAUGAGGAUCUUCGAUUUUUAAAAGGACUCGAAAAAGAUUUACCAGCAACCGAUACCAAAGAGUCUUGAAUGAGAAAGAGUACAAAUUUUUUGAAAAAUUCUAUAUCAGCAUCCAAAUUCUCUAUAAUCUCAGUGCAAUGGAGCGCAUCAAGAAAGAGCGUUACGUUUUAUAGAAUUUCUUGAAAUUGCCCAAAUCGUGACAAAAAAAUUCUACAGAAUUAGCAAGAGACGUUCGCCUUACAACACCAAAAACGAUAUUUUACUUAACAAUAGUUACUCAACUUUCGUCAGACAGCCUGGCAAUAAUGUGCAAAAUACUUUUAACAAUUUCUCAAUCCAUUUCUCCACCAGAUAAAAGAAUAAGCGCAACAUUUUUUCCUGCAAUUUCGAAAAGGAACAGAACCAUAUAGAUAUUCAAAGAACAAUUUUUUCUAUACUAAGUUAUACAUUUUUAUAUUGCUAUUAACAAGUCCCUUUAUUGGAAAUUGUAAAUUAUAAAUUCA